ACUAUGCUAGUCGUGCGCUCGUAUCACUUUCCUUUUUCUGUAUCCGCUCCGCCCCUUUCCUUGGCAUCGAAACUUCCAAUUCGGAUUCCACCAAAUCCUUUCCUUUCACGAUCGCCAACAACUGCUGCUUGCUAUACAACCAUCGCUCUCUAUUCCCCAACCCCCAUCACCCAAAUCUCCUGUCCCAAACCCACCUAAUUUCUCCUGCUGUUCUGCAGGCUUGCAGCGCUGCUUGUUCAUCGCCAGUUCCGCGGCACCAUCGGGCAGGCUGCCUACUCGAGUGUUUGGAGGAAUUCUUAUCAAAAAGGGGUUUGGAGGAAUCGAGCGGCAUUGCUGGAUUCCACUCUCGUCAAGUUGGGGAGGUGACAUAAGGAGAGAUGAAAGUUGGUGCUCUUCUGACUUCUGCUGGAAUCAACAUUGGGCUCUGUGUUCUUUUUCUGUCAUUCUAUUCCAUCCUGAGGAAGCAGCCACAAAAUGUGAAGGUCUAUUUUGGUAGAAGGAUUGCUGAGGAGCAUAAACGGCUCCGAGGGGCUUUUAUUUUGGAGAGAUUUGUUCCGUCUCCUAGCUGGAUCGUGAGAAGUCUGCAAAUUACAGAGGAAGAGAUGUUAGCUACUGCUGGGUUGGAUGCUGUGGUUUUCAACAGAAUUCUCGUAUUUAGCAUACGCAUAUUCUCAUUAGCUGCCAUUCUUUGUAUAUUUGGAAUUCUCCCAUUGAAUUAUUUUGGACAAGAUAUGCAUCACGUCCGGAUUCCUUCAGCGUCAUUGGAGACAUUUACAAUAGGAAAUAUGCAAGAGAAAUCAAGAUGGCUCUGGGUCCAUUGUGUCGUGCUGUACAUCAUAUCUUGUGUAGCUUGCUUUCUUCUAUAUUUGGAGUACAAGCAUAUUGCUAGACUGAGGUUACUUCAUCUUGUUCAAACAACGACGAAUCCUAGCCAUUUUACUGUCCUUGUUCGUGGGAUACCAAAGUCAACACACGAAUCAUUCAGCACUGCUGUUGAGAAUUUCUUUACAAAGUACCAUGCACCAAGUUACCUAUCUCAUCAAGUUGUUUAUAAAGUUGGGAAAGUUCAGAAGAUAGUGAUGGGUGCAAAGAAGGCUUAUAGGAAGUUCAAGCUUUUUAAGGGUAUCGCAGUCGAUCAGACAUGCAGAUCCGUUACAUAUCGAUGUUGUCUAUGUGGAGUGUCAUCAAAUUCGUUCCAGCAGUUGUCCAGUGAAGAGCAAAAGAGGGAAAAACCUUUUGUGGAUGAUUCAAACUUGAAUUUACAUGAUGAGGAAUGUGCUGCUGCCUUUGUAUUUUUCAAAACUCGGUAUGCAGCGCUAAUUGUAUCCGAAAUUCUUCAGACAUCCAAUCCUAUGAAAUGGGUCACUAGUCUUGCCCCACAACGUGACGACAUGUAUUGGUCUAAUCUUUGGUUACCCUACAAGCAGAUCUGGAUUCGCCAUAUAGCUACCCUUCUGGGUUCUAUUGUUUUUAUGUUCAUUUUUCUUUUACCUGUGACAUUUAUUCAAGGUCUAACUCAGCUGGAACAGCUGCAGCAAAGGCUCCCUUUCCUGAAAGGGAUAUUGGAAGGGAAAUACAUGACCCAGCUAGUAACUGGAUACCUUCCCAGUGUCAUCUUACAAAUAUUUUUAUAUACUGUCCCCCCAACCAUGAUGCUAUUUUCGACAUUAGAGGGGCCUAUUUCUCACAGUGAAAGGAAGAAAAGUGCCUGUUGUAAAGUAUUAUACUUCACCAUUUGGAAUGUCUUCUUUGUAAAUGUCCUAUCAGGUUCUGUAAUUAGCCAACUGAAUGCCUUAUCAAGCCCAAAGGACAUUCCAAUGCAGCUUGCUAGAGCAGUACCUUUACAGGCUACCUUCUUUACCACCUAUGUUCUGACUUCAGGAUGGGCUAGUCUAUCAUCAGAAGUUAUGCAACUCUUUGGUCUCAUAUGGAACUUCCUAAGGAAAUAUAUUCUGAGAAGGAAAGAAGAUAGCGAUUACAUUCCCUCGUUUCCAUAUCACACGGAACUACCAAAAGUUCUGUUGUUUGGACUGUUGGGCUUCACAUGCUCUGUGCUAGCACCUCUAAUAUUGCCCUUUUUACUGCUUUACUUUUUUCUUGCCUACGUCGUGUACCGCAAUCAGUUCAUCAAUGUUUAUUGCACAAAAUACGACACAGGUGGUCUAUAUUGGCCAAUUGCAUACAAUACAACAAUAUUCUCUGUCGUCCUCACCCAGAUCAUCUGCCUUGGUGUCUUUGGCCUUAAAGAAUCUCCAGUAGCUGCAGGCUUCACUGUACCUCUCAUUAUCCUCACUCUUUUAUUCAACCAGUAUUGCAGAAAGCGUCUUCUACCAUUAUUCAGGACUUUCCCUGCACAGGUUUUGAUUGACAUGGACAGAGAUGAUGAACAAUCGGGCAGAAUGGAUGCCAUUCACCAGCGUCUUCAGUCUGCUUACUGUCAAUCACUUGACGCUGAUGACAUAUCCUUGGAAGGAGUUGAAACCAUCAGUACAGAUGAAGAUGGAAGUGGCAGCUCAGGCGAAUCUAAUUGCAAAGAAAGUGCCAAUCAACCGGAUAAUGACUUGACUCACCCAACACUGCAAGGGCUCCCUGUUAAUCAGCUACGGCGUGCAGUGAGAUCACUGGGUUUCAUGAUCAGGUUACAGAAGAGAGGCUUAUCAGCAUAGCCCAGCCGCUCAUCCACCGUGGCAAAUUUACAAACUGCAUAGAGAGAUACAUACAAAUGGAGAUAAUACAGGCUGUUUAGUUGCAAGGGUAAAAUUUUGUGUUUGAUCAAUGCCUGCGCAACUUUUCAGAUCGUUUUGUUCAUACAAAGAAGUUUUGAUUCUUCAAUUGCUUCCCGAGACUUGCUGCCUUGCAUGCUCUGGCGAUGCAGUUCUCCAGUUUUCGUGUAACCUCGGUUAAACCAGUUCUUGUUAAGGGAAGCGAUCAAUGUAUAUAUCUGCCUUUGUUUUGUUCAAUUGUGAUGUGACUACUUUGGUAA